AUGGGUCUUGAUAGCUUCCAUUACAACGCCGAUCACCAGGUCAUAGUCUGCCGCCUCUGCGGAACAUGCCUGGUUCCGAAACAAACAAGCUGGAGGAGUCACUUGCGGGCCGAGCCGCACCGGAUGAAAGGUGACGAACUGCGACUGACGAUCGAGCGGUUUUUGAGCUACGAACUGCGCCCAGUUGAGGCAUUGCGGCAGUGGAGGGCCGAUAGAAAAAGGCCAUGCCGGCCUAUAGAGGGUCUUACCAUGUACGAAGGCUACAUCUGCACCUGCACGGAAGUCCAAUGUGACUAUUGCACGCGGCGGGCUAGGAAGAUGUACGAUCACAUGCCGGUUCACGGGAGGAAGGCCUCGGAGCAUACGAACGCUAUGCCUCUCUGGAGGGCAUGCAAGCUCCAGACAUACUUCACGGCUAAGGGCCUUAUCGACUAUUUUCUGGUCGAAGAAGACCCAUCUCUGCCACUAACGGGAGGAGCGCUGGCAGGGUCGGGCCUGUCCAUCAUGGCGUCCACGUCACAGGAGGAGGGAAAGCUGUUUGAAGACCUAAAGGCUGACAUUAUCCAGGCCUCGCGCGACCUAGAUAAGGAGGCCGAGAUUGUGCAAGACGUCGAGGCGUCACGGGCUGAUCGGGUACCCUGGCUUGUCCAUACCGGGUUCCCUACGCACCUGCAGGGUCUCCGCGAUACCGAGAUCAUGUCGUCAUAUGCAUUACCACGAAGCGGGGACGAUGAUGACGACGACGGCGGCGGCGGCGGCGGCGAUGGUGAUGAUGAUGACGAUGACGAUGACGAUGACGAUGACGAUGACGAUGACGAUGACGAUGACGAUGACGAUGACGAUGAUGGAGAAGAAGAAGGCGGCGCAGUUGACACGGAUAUAGAUCUCAGGCGUAUUCUUGCCGCAGCCGAGAGUACACUCAGAGAUGCAUAUAAGCUAUGCAGCGACAAAUCACCCGAUCGUAAGAUGACGCAGCAGCGUGCGAAGAGACUAAGCAAUUUCCGCAGCGACGAUAGCCAUAUGAGCAGUGCAAAAGCCAGCAAAUUCCGCAGCUUUAAGAACGAGUCAUCCCUUACCUCCUAUUUCCGGAUCACAAAGCAGCUGUUGGCAUACUAUUACCGGGUGGUAUAUCGUGUGGAUGGCCAUUUCACAAGAGAGGGUGAAAGCCAUGCAGUGCCGCAGGACAUAAUCGAAACAACCCCUCUGCAACGACAAGCCAUGGAGGAUGUCAUCGGUGCGUUGCGGAGGCGAGAAAAGGCGGCAAAGGGGAGGGGGGCGCCAAGUUGCGAUAAGAAGGAAGGUAUAGCUACCAGGGACUAUGAUGAGUGUGACGCCGAGCUGAAGCACACCAUCCGCAAAUUUUACAUCUCGCUCAUCUGCCAGACUGUCGGAAGCAGGCCAUUCCGGUCUGCCAUCUUGAGCUUCUGUGCUAUGCUCAGCCGGACGAAGGCUCUGACGCGCCGGCAAUCUAUCGGCACUCACCUGGACUGCCCAGCUCAUCCUGUUCGACUUCGUGUGCUUCCAGAAGCAGGACGACGGCCGGCUGCCAAAGAAGAUGGAAUCAUCGCGGCCGCCCGUAGGCUGCAUAACGACCCAGAGCUACAGUUGCGUCGCCCUGGUCAGCGGGAUGCCAUGCUGGCGACCAUGGGUCCACGUGCACCUGAGCAGGUCAUCGUCGUUCUUGCAACGGGUUCGGGGAAGACAUUGGUAUUCAUGGUCGGAGCCACACUGGCGGGAGCUGAAACAACCAUCCUGAUCCUUCCCACUGUAGCCUUACGUGGUAAUAUGCUCGGGCGUCUUGAUAAAGUCGCGCUAAAGCACCAUAUCUGGCGCCCAGGCUCGAAGAAAUCAGCCCCCAUCGUUGUUGUAUCGGCCGAGGCAGCUUGUACAGAGGCGUUCCUAGAGUAUGCCAAUCGACUGUCUGGUAGACAGUGUCUAGAUCGGAUCGUGAUCGAUGAAUGCCAUCUCACGAUCACAGCAAGCUGUUACCGACGAAGUAUGUCGCAGCUAGCAUGGCACGUACGGCAGAUUCGUACACAGACUGUCUGGCUGACAGCGACACUACCACCAAUCUAUCAAGAGCUUUUCUUCGAGCACAAUAAGCUCGUGCGGCCGCAUAUCGUCAGAGAGUCAACAAAUCGUCCUAACAUCCGAUACAUCGUCCAGCAAGAACGUGGGCUAGGCAAUCUAUGUGAGCAGGCAGCUUGUCUUGCACAGUCUUGCUGGACCCGGACAGACCUGUUCAAGAGCGAGCGGGACCGGGUCAUUAUAUACUGCCCGACGAAGGAUCUCGUGGCAGAGCUUGCUGACAUGCUCGGCUGUCCGUCCUACACAGCCGAGUCCGGCACAGAAGAAGAGAAGAUGGCGAUCAUAGAGCGAUGGCUAACGGCAGCCGAUUCGCCCAUCAUCGUGGCGACGUCAGCGCUGGGUCCUGGGUUUGACUACCCUCAUAUUCGAUUGGUCAUUCACGUCGAUGCCCCGAGCCUUCUGACGGAUUUCUCUCAGGAGUCAGGUAGAGCGGGUCGGGAUGGCGAAGUAGCCGAGUCGAUCGUUUUACUUAGUGCAGCCUGGCAGCCGCAGUUAGGUCGACCUGUAGCAGCAGACAAAGAGGCCAUGCAACUGUAUCUUUUGCAGGAAUACUGCUCGCGCGGGGUCUUGAGCCAAUUCCUUGAUAGCAAACCUGACUGGCGGUGGUGCAUGGAGGGCGAUGAGCUCUGUAGCGUUUGUCCCGAGCAUCACGUGCAAUGCCGACCGCCUACCCUAGAGUUCCAUCUACCACGGCCCCUACGUGAUGAGACUGAAGCCGGACAGGACGGGGACAACGGCAGCGGUGACGUUGCCGUUAGUGAGAUGAUCUUUACUGGACCUGCCGAGGUGCUCCAUCAGGACCAAGUACGUGAUGAAGAAUUGAGCCGGUAUGAAAGAGAUCUUGAGACAAUGAAAGGCUGCUGUCUCUAUUGCCGCGUAGAAGGAAAAUCGUUUGAGCAUACCGUAACAGCUUGUGCUCGACGUUUUGAUUGGAUUCGAGCUAAGCAAAAAGCACUUCGAGACUGCCAGAGCAAGAAGAAGGAAUGGAUGGACCGGCACGCUGUGUGCUGGAAGUGUUACCAGCCGCAAGAGAUCUGCCGAGCUGCGGAUCCAGAGUACGAAGGGGACAACUCAUGCCAAUACCCAGAUAUGGUAAUGCCUCUAUGCUUUGGCGCAUUUAGUCGGCCAGGCCGUACUAAAUGGUUCUUAAAGCAUUUCAACAAGUCAUUUAAGACAUGCCAGGAAUACAUGUUGUGGCUUGGUAAAGGUGCCUCUCUAGGCGGUAGUCGAUGUGUAAAUGCCAACUGUGUAGCUGCUCUUUUACUGGGAGAGUUUGAGUAG